UACUGCUGUUUUGCUGUCGAGUCACCUCUGUCAGGAUGGAGGAAAACGAGCUGCUAUCAUGCUGAAAAACGAGGGAUCCCGACAAGCGAGCAUCAUAAACCGGGAUAGUUAGACACAAGUCACCAUUUAUCCUAAACUGCUGCGUCGUUUCUGUAACGCUUUGCCAAAAUGAUGGAAGAAAUCGACAGGUUCCAAGUGCCCCCAGUCAACGGGGAGACACAGCCUUUGGACCCCGCAGCGUCCUCCACCUCAGAGGCAGACACUGACACCAAGGGAGAGACUGUGGCCAUGAACUACAAGCCCUCACCACUACAAGUCCAAAUAGAGAAACAGAGGGACCUUGCCAGGAAGGGAUCAGUGAAGAAUGGCACCGUGGGAAGUCCUGUCAAUCAACAACCCAAGAAGAACGCCAGGACAAGGUUGGUGGUGCCAAACAAAGGUUACUCCUCUCUAGACCAGAGCCCGGAUGAGAAACCCCUGGUAGCACUGGACACUGACAGUGAUGAUGACUUCGACAUGUCCAGAUACUCUUCAUCAGGAUACUCCUCAGCCGAGGUGAGAUGUCUGAGGGACCAGCAGAUCAACCAGGAUCUGAACAUCCAGCUCCUAAAGGAUGGGUACCGGCUCGAUGAGAUCCCGGAUGACGAGGACCUGGAUCUGAUCCCCCCUAAAGCAGUUAACCCCACCUGCAUGUGCUGCCAGGCUGCUCCCUCCACGGCCUGUCAAAUCCAGUAGCACCAUUUUGCCCCAUCCCACUCCCCAAAAAAAUCUCCUGCCUGCCACCUGCACUGAGGCCAACUACUGACCAGAGUAGCAGCAAGGAGGAAAAACUAUCAGCUUGCAAUGGCACAAAGGGAAAACAAGGGUUUAUAAAAGAUAAAAAUGAGAAAAGAAAAUAGGUCAAGUCUUGAGAAAAGAGUCGAUAUGUACAGUAUCUGUGUACGUUCCUCCUAUGGUAGGAUCUGUGCAUCUUACUUCUGCAUUGUUGGUUCAGUGGGGACAAGACUGAUGGCAGAAACUUUACCUCCAAGGAAAACAUGUCACUUUUGCUUCUCCUUUGUUUGACCUCCAUCUCAUGCUUGUGGAUAUUUUGGUUUACAAGGACCGUGAACGAUUGUGCGACGUUGUGGAAGAACAGAAACAACAAAAUGAGAUGACAGGAACUUGACCAAAUGCGUGCAAAUGGCGACGAGGUGUCAUCAUUGGCAAGUCCACCGCCCAUGGAAAGUACUUUUUCUGCUUGUGUGUCAUUGAUGGUAAGAUUCAAUGGACAAGAAGAGAUUAGACGUUUUCUAGUGGCCACAGUUUUUUUUUUUUUCUCUCUCUCUCUCUCAUCAUUUCUUUCAGUCAGUCUGUUUUGUCUUCCUGUGCAUAUACAGUAUGUGUCAAACAUAGAAAAUGACAUGUGUGUGUCUGAUUAUGUCCAGGAAAGUUGUGCUAAACCACCAAGUUUCUGAUAAAUGCUUACACUCACAACAUUAAAACAGUAACUUCAGAUUUUUUAUUUAAAUGUUUGUCUGUCAAACAAAGGAUGUGCUGCUUAAUUGUUUCAUAUUCAGUUAAAAGAAGCUGGUAACAAAUAGUUUUGCAUGUUGCCUGUUAACACUCUAAUGUCUAAUGACCAGCCAGUGCAGAUAAUUUAUCAAUUUCUUAUUGACCCCCGAAACACAUCCUUGUGCCGAUGACACGUUACGUGAAGUGCGUUUCUAAAAACAUAGUAAUAUUUAGAUCCACCUGCUGUAAUAUCAGAUCUCGUGAUUUAGAAACAAUGGCAAGAACAGCUCUUGAGUCAGUGUGUCCUUCCUUUGUGUUUGUUCAUGCUAGCCCCCACAUGAGUGGAUGUUUAAGAUGAUCAACAGAGGCAGUCACCACUAGUGAAUGUGGUUACAAAAUAAUUCAUACUUGAGGGAUUCGAUGAAUGGAUAAAAGGCUUAGAAUAUGUGCAGGUACAUAGAAACCUACCUGAGAAUGUGUACAAAGUGAUUCCAUAUUGCCUGGAUUGAAAUUAAAUGGGACUUCUUUCUUUUUUUUUUUUUUGCAGAAAAACACUCUUUUUUUUUUUUUUCUUUUUUUUUUGCAUAUCAAGGGAAGUAUAAAAUGCUUUCCUUUCUUAAAGUUUUGUUUUAGUUUUGUGUAUUUGUUUUGUAUGGUUGUAUAUUUGCGUUUACUCUCCCUUCAGUUUGAAUACAACUAAUUUGUCCGAUUUGAGGACAAGGACUGUAUAUGUAGCACCUGGCACAGCUGUGUAUGGUCAAUGCUUUAUGCCAAUGGAUGUUUUCCAUGAUGUUGAAAAGGAAGUAGUCCUUGCUGUAUAGAAGUACUGAUUGCAUACUGUUUCUGUUUCAUGUUUACAUCCGUCUAAAGACAUUUCGAAAGCUCUGCGGACAUCAGCUAUUUUCUAGUGGGUUGCAUGUGAAUCUGCUCGGUGGAAGAUCAGGCAGGGUUUCCCAAAAACACCUCAACAAUGAGAGUUUUUACACAUGUAUGACUUCCCGAAGCAUAUUUUAACUAGUAUGACACCCGAAAAAAAACAUUCUCUCUUUAGAAUAACUUAAGCCUAGAUACGCUCUUAUCCUGCUUAUGGGAAAGAUAGAUGUUAAUAUACAGUUCUAAGUAUGUGUGCACUUUACACUGUGGUCUAAGUUGUUUUCUCAUGGCAACGUUCAGAAUAUUCUGUUGACUGGUGUGCAAUGGACUUUAAAUACUGUGCAUCUACAAAGAACAAUCUCACUUUGAGUAUCAUUUUUUGAUAUAUGAUGGUGUUUUCGGGGAACCUCACAUCUUUCAUAACCGAUGUUCUGCUUUUGUUGAAAUAUUACAUUGAGUGGAGAUACAAUGUGUAUUGUAUGACUCCAUAAUGACAGCUCUGCAAGCAUUAUGUGUGGUGAAGAGAAAAAUCGCUGAUACAACCUCAGUGGUACAGCAUUUGAUUUACAAAAGUACACAAGCAUAGAAAAAAAAAACUAAAAACUAAUAAGGUACCAUGUGUGUAGAUAAUGUAUUAAGUAGAAAAAAGACACAAACAGUACAGUAGGUCAGGUAAUAUGUCACCGAUGCAUCUACUAGCUGAGAAAUGUGUUAGACCAGUAGCUGUGUACAGUACAGUACAAUAUUAACAUUGAAAGGACUGACUGUGUGACUGACUAUGGUGCUUCAUUUUUUUUUUUUUAUCAUUAACAUUAUCCUGAUAGACUCACACAUAGGUUGUUGCAGUCCUCUGCUAUUGAGUGCACUACUUCUGGCCAAUGUUGUCUCUCUUGGGGCGUAGCUUCACUAAACCUCCUGAGUUUGGAAUCUAAAGUAAUUCAUUUGUAACAGAAGCUAUUUAUUUGCAGUUGCGUGUGUUUUAAUUUAUUUUUCAUGUAUGGGAAAUAAUUCAUAUACAAACAAAUGCUUUUUAUUUGUCAGAUGUUUAUUAUGAUGAUUGUGAACUGGUUCCAUUUAGAUUUUAACAGUGUUAAAGUUCUGUGUAUAGUGCAUCAUAUUAAAAAAAAUAAAUAUUAGAUAUCUGAA